AUGUCAACUGCCAUUAUGUAAAGUCAACAUCCCGCGGCGCCCACGCCAGGGUCCCAGGUGGCAACAAGAUGUUAUCCACCCUCCCUGCACUCCUGUUCCCGUUCAUGUCCCUGUCCUUAUCCUCAAAUAAACUCCAUCACAUUACAGGAGUUGUGUGUGUGUGUGUGCUGUCUCGGUUAACCCAGAACUAAAAUCUUGUGUAAUUUGGUCAUUUGCUGUCUCUCGAUGAGAGAUUAGUGUGUGCGUCUAUUUUCUGUUCAGUCCCCACCAACACUUUGAUAACAAGCUCAUUUGAUAAUAGCUUUGUAAGAAAAGCAUCUGUUGGUAAGUAUUGUUGGUAAGAGUAUAUAUGGCCACUGUAUCCUGCUGUCCGUCGUAGUGCUGAGAAGAUGAUGGUGUGAUAUUGAUCGGGAUAAGAGAAAGAGACUUCACCGGGGUGGGAGCUCUAGAUAGAUUUACAGUGCAUUCGGAAAGCAUUCAGACCCCUUGACUUUUUCCACAUUUUGUUACGUUACAGCCUUAUUCUAAAAUGGAUUAAAUUGUUUUUUCCCCUCAAUCUGCACACAAUAACCCAUAAUGACAAAGCAAAAUCAGGUUUUUAGAAAUGUUUGCAGAUUUAUAAAAAAAUGUAACUGAAAUAUAACAUUUACAUACGUUUUCAGACCCUCUACUCAGUACAUUGUUGAAGCACCUUUGGCAGCGAUUACAGCCUCAAGUCUUUUUGGGUAUGACGCUACAAGCUUGGCACACCUGUAUUUGGAGAGUUUCUCCCAUUCUUCUCUGCAGAUCCUCAAGCUCUGUCAGGUUGGAUGGGGAGCAUCGCUGCACAGCUAUUUUCAGGUCUCGAGAUGUUCGAUCGGGUUCUCAUCCGGGCUCUGGCUGGGCCACUCAAGGACAUUCAGAGACUUGUCCCAAUGCCACUACUGUGUUGUCUUGGCUGUGUGCUUAGGGUCCUUGUCCUGUUGGAAGGUGAACCUUCGCCCCAGUCUGAGGUGCUGAGCGCUCCGGAGCAGGUUUUCAUCAAGGAUCUCUCUGUACUUUGCUCCGUUCAUCUUUCCUUUGAUCUUGACUAGUCUCCGAGUCCCUGCCGCUGAAAAACAACCCACAGCAUGAUGCUGCCCCCACUAUGCUUCACCGUAGGGAUGGUGACAGGUUUCUUCCAGACGUGACGCUUGGCGUGCAGGCCAAAGACUUCAGUCUUGAUUUCAUCAGACCAGAGAAUCUUGUUUCUCAUGGUCUGUGUCUUUAGGUGCCUUUUGGCAAACUCCAAGCGGGCUGUCAUGUGCCUUUUACUUUUACUGAGGAGCGGCUUCCACCUGGCUACUCUACCCAAAAGGCCUGAUUGGUGGAGUGCUGCAGAGACGGUUGUCCUUCUGGAAGGUUCUCCGAUCUCCGAUCUCCACAGAGGAACUCUAGAGCUCUGUCAGAGUGACCAUGGGGUUAUUGGUCACCUCCCUGACCAAGGCCCUUCUCCCCCGAUUGCUCAGUUUGGCGGGGAUGCCAGCUCAGGGAAGAGUCUUGGUGGUUCCAAAUUUCUUCCAUUGAAUAAUGGAGGCCGCUGUGUUCUUGGGGACCUUCAAUGCUGCAGACAUUUUUUGUUACCCUUCCCCAGAUCUGUGCCUCGACACAAUCCUGCCUCUGAGCUCUACGGACAAUUCCUUUGACGUCAUGGCUUGGUUUUUGCUCUGACAUGCACUGUAAACUGUGGGACCUUAUAUAGACAGGUGUGUGCCUUUCCAAAUAAUGUCCAAUCAGUUGAAUUUACCACAGGUGCUCCAAUCAAGUAGUAGAAACAUCUCAAGGAUGAUGAAUGGAAACAGGAUGCACCUGAGCUUAAUGUCGUGUCUCAUUGCAAAGGGUCUGAAUAAUUAUGUAAAUAAGAUAUUAAUUUUUUCUAUUUUUAAUAAAUUAGCAAAAAAAUCUAAACCUGUUUUCGCUUCGCCGUUAUGGGGUAUUGUGUGUAGAUAGAUGAGAAGAAAAAAAAAUGUUGAAUCAAUUUUAGUAUUAGGCUGUAACGUAACAAAAUGUGGAAUACUUUCCGAAUGCACUGUAUGUUCUGUCAGACAGUGGAGGUUUGUGGAGCACGCCACACACACACUUACACACUCUCUUUUUCUCACACACACACAAGAGAGUGAGAUGGACCGCUGAGACAAUUUAUGCUUUAUUUAGCCUCUUAAGUAGGACUGCUUGUGCCUGAUGACUCCAAACAUGAGACAUUAGGUGUUCUCUCGCAGAUUCAACCAGGACAUUACACUACUCACUGAGGAGAGGAAUCACGUUGGAAUCAUAAACAUAACCUAUUUUCUUUGUUUCUUUCUUUUUUUAUAUAAACAAAACUUUAUUUAUACUCCUAAAUGUGUGGUGGUAACAUAUCAAGGACACUACUUUAUUUUAGAAUAAACUAUUCUUAGCAAAGAGAUACAUAGAGAUACUACUAGUAAUUUGAAUCCACAUGUACAAUUUGUUUGAAUUUAGUUAAUGCAUAAGGAAUUUUAUUUUGGGUGGUAUUAGUCUAGUGGCUACUGAGUGAUUGUUAACCAAAACCAUGCUGUACUGUAGCUAAAUGAGAACCCUUAUUGUUUUGUUGCUUUUCUUUGCACUGAUUGUUAGUCUUUGUACUGUCUGGAAGUGGCACAUUACAUCCAUCUGUGUCCCUGUGUGUACAGCCUGUCCUCUCCUCUCUCUUUGUUUACUUGUCCUUGUAUUCACCCAUAGCUCUGGACAGGAGGUCCUGACCUGUGCUGUCAUUGUACUUCUGCCUGGCCUGCCCCUUUCAAAUCCUUUGUCUUUGUCCCCUCCUUGUGCAUCGAAACCCAUACAUUGCCCCAAUUGAUAAAGCCUACCCUGUUGUACGUCUGUAGCUAAGUAUGGACUAAUCAUGUCAUAAGUGACCGGCAUCGGCGGCAUUACCCACAUACUUUCCUGUUCCCCACUCUCUCACGCUCUCGCUCUCUCACACUCUCCCUCUCUCUCACACACUCUGUCCUCACCCCUUCUCUCUCUCCUCACCCUCUCUCUCUCUCCACCCCCCCCCCUCUCUCCUCUCUCUCCUCCUCCCCCUCUCUCGUCUCACCCCCUCUCUCUUUCUCUCUCUCUCUCUCCAAUUUGUCUCUCCUCUCUCCUCCCCCCUCUCUCUUUCCCCCCCCCCUUCUCUCUGUCUCUCUCUAUCCUCUCUCUCUAUCUCUCAUAAAAGAGUGAAGGCAUAGCACCAGGCAGUCACAUAGGAGAGGCGCGACGGACAGUGUUAGUUUGCGGUAGAACACAGAAAAUGAAGCCUUAGUGUCACUGAUGAAGGCACUUCCAUAUGCUAAAUGUUGUAACUGUCAGAUGUUGGAUGAACUGUGAACUGGUCACUCACAUGAUGUCAACUGUCCACUGGUCAUCUGAGAUCCUAAUAUGGAGGCCAUGCCAGGUCACAACUAUGAAUUGAUCCCUUUAUAAGGUUUUUCAUUUCUUUCUUGAAGGGGGAUUGGUAAACAACACCUGGCCUGCAACGCCUGUUGGCCACCUUAUUCCAUAGAUCAACUCAGAGAUGUUUGAACUGGUCACUCAUGUGACCAAAAGGUCAACUGUUCAAUAGUAUAAGCUAUUCAAUGAUCGACGCUAUGCCAGGAUUUUUUGUUGGCAAUAUUAUUUGGCCCCCCAAAUUAAUUAUGAAUAUUUUUUUUAUAGUAAUACAAAAAUCUUGGACCCGCAAUGCAAAAAGUCCCAAAUGCAAUGUCCCAAGAAGGCAGUUACCCCACCUAAAUAAUAAAAAGGUUACAUUUUAACUUCAUUCAUGAGGAGAGAGAAUGCAGGAGACAGUCAAAUAAUAAAGCAGAUAGCGGACCAUUUUAUGGUGCCGAAACGUAAAGCUGCAACCGCAGCACAAUCAAUAGGAGGUGGUGAAUUGCGCCUGGUGCUGAAAAUAUAGCUAACUUGUUAUGCAAGUGGCACAUAGCAACAGAUGUACAUACAGUGGGGGAGAACAAGUAUUUGAUACACUGCAGAUUUUGCAGGUUUUCCUACUUACAAAGCAUGUAGAGGUCUGUAUUACUAUUAUUAUUAUGAUCAUCAUUAUAAUAAGUCAUGUUAUUAUCAUUAGUAGGCUUAGUAUAGCAGCCUUGUAUAACCACCAUCUAGCCGUAGGCCUAAGAGCGCAUCCUGUUUAAUCAAUACCGUAACUUACUUAGGCCUAUAUUUCAAUACUUAUAUAGGCUACUGUAUCAAUCAAUCAUUCAUUCGUUCAUGUCAUCACAGCAUACGAGUCAUUCAUGAUUUGAAAUGCAAUCAAGCAUUUUAGUUUUAAAAUAAAAGAAUGCGAGCCUUGAAUAAUUAGCUUAUACCAUAAAUAAACCGUUCCAUUUUGGAAAUUGCAUUCACGAAUUGCAUGCGACUGUUUUUAGUCUUUGCUGAAAUAAAGGCUUUACAAGAAAAAACGUUAUAUACAGUAUAUACAGUGGGGAGAACAAGUAUUUGAUACACUGCCGAUUUUGCAGGUUUUCCUACUUACAAAGCAUGUAGAGGUCUGUAAUUUUUAUCAUAGGUACACUUCAACUGUGAGAGACGGAAUCUAAAACAAAAAUCCAGAAAAUCACAUUGUAUGAUUUUUAAGUAAUGAAUUUGCAUUUUAUUGGAUGACAUAAGUAUUUGAUCACCUACCAACCAGUAAGAAUUCCGGCUCUCACAGACCUGUUAGGUUUUCUUUAAGAAGCCCUCCUGUACUCCACUCAUUACCUGUAUUAACUGCACCUGUUUGAACUCGUUACCUGUAUAAAAGACACCUGUCCACACACUCAAUCAAACAGACUCCAACCUCUCCACAAUGUCCAAGACCAGAGAGCUGUGUAAGGACAUCAGGGAUAAAAUUGUAGACCUGCACAAGGCUGGGAUGGGCUACAGGACAAUAGGCAAGCAGCUUGGUGAGAAGGCAACAACUGUUAGCGCAAUUAUUAGAAAAUGGAAGAAGUUCAAGAUGACGGUCAAUCACCCUCGGUCUGGGGCUCCAUGCAAGAUCUCACCUCGUGGGGCAUCAAUGAUCAUGAGGAUGGUGAGGGAUCAGCCCAGAACUACACGGCAGGACCUGGUCAAUGACCUGAAGAGAGCUGGGACCACAGUCUCAAAGAAAACCAUUAGUAACACACUACCCCAUCAUGGAUUAAAAUCCUGCAGCGCACGCAAGGUCCCCCUGCUCAAGCCAGCGCAUGUCCAGGCCCGUCUGAAGUUUACCAAUGACCAUCUGGAUGAUCCAGAGGAGGAAUGGGAGAAGGGCAUGUGGUCUGAUGAGACAAAAAUUGAGCUUUUUGGUCUAAACUCCACUCGCCGUGUUUGGAGGAAGAAGGAUGAGUACAACCCCAAGAACACCAUCCCAACCGUGAAGCAUGUAGGUGGAAACAUCAUUCUUUGGGGAUGCUUUUUUGCAAAGGGGACAGGACGACUGCACCGUAUUGAGGGGAGGAUGGAUGGGGCCAUGUAUCGCGAGAUCUUGGCCAACAACCUCCUUCCCUCAGUAAGAGCAUUGAAGAUGGGUCGUGGCUAGGUCUUCCAGCAUGACAACGACCCGAAACACACAGCCAGGGCAACUAAGGAGUGGCUCCGUAAGAAGCAUCUCAAGGUCCUGGAGUGGCCUAGCCAGUCUCCAGACCUGAACCCAAUAGAAAAUCUUUGGAGGGAGCUGAAAGUCCGUAUUGCCCAGCGACAGCCCCGAAACCUGAAGGAUCUGGAGAAGGUCUGUAUGGAGGAGUGGGCCAAAAUCCCUGCUGCAGUGUGUGCAAACCUGGUCAAGACCUACAGGAAACGUAUGAUCUCUGUAAUUGCAAACAAAGGUUUCUGUACCAAAUAUUUAGUUCUGCUUCUCUGAUGUAUCAAAUACUUAUGUCAUGCAAUAAAAUGCAAAUUCAUUAUUUAAAAAUCAUACAAUGUGAUUUUCUGGAUUUCUUUUACACCUCUACAUAUAUAUAUAUAUAUAUAUACACAUACACACACAUACAUAUACAGUGAGGGAAAAAAUAUUUGAUUCCCUGCUGAUUUUGUACGUUUGCCCACUGACAAGGAAAUGAUUAGUCAAUAAUUUUAAUGGUAGGUUUAUUUGAACAGUGAGAGACAGAAUAACAACCAAAAAAUCCAGAAAAACGCAUGUUAAAAAAUUUAUAAAUUGAUUUGCAUUGUAAUGAGGGAAAUAAGUAUUUGACCCCCUUUCAAUCAGAAAGAUUUCUGGCUCCCAGGUGUCUUUUAUACAGGAAACGAGCUGAGAUUAGGAGCACACCCUUAAAGGGAGUGCUCCUAACCUCCGCUUGUUACCUGUAUAAAAGACACCUGUCCACAGAAGCAAUCAAUCAGAUUCCAAACUCUCCACCAUGGCCAAGACCAAAGAGCUCUCCAAGGAUGUCAGGGACAAGAUUGUAGACCUACACAAGGCUGGAAUGGGCUACAAGACCAUUGCCAAGCAGCUUGGUGAGAAGGUGACAACAGUUGGUGCGAUUAUUUGCAAAUGGAAGAAACACAAAAGAACUAUCAAUCUCCCUCGGCCUGGGGCUCCAUGCAAGAUCUCACCUCGUGGAGUUGUAAUGAUCAUGAGAAGGGUGAGUAAUCAGCCCAGAACUACACGGGAGGAUCUUGUCAAUGAUCUCAAGGCAGCUGGGACCAUAGUCACCAAGAAAACAAUUGGUAACACACUACGCCGUGAAGGACUGAAAUCCUGCAGCGCCCGCAAGGUCCCCCUGCUCAAGAAAGCACAUAUACAGGCCCGUCUGAAGUUUGCCAAUGAACAUCUGAAUGAUUCAGAGGAGAACUGGGUGAAAGUGUUGUGGUCAGAUGAGACCAAAAUUGAGCUCUUUGGCAUCAACUCAACUCGCCGUGUUUGGAGGAGGAGGAAUGCUGCCUAUGACCCCAAGAACACCAUCCCCACCGUCAAACAUGGAGGUGGAAACAUUAUGUUUUGGGGGUGUUUUUCUGCUAAGGGGACAGGACAACUUCACCGCAUCAAAGGGACGAUGGACGGGGCCAUGUACCGUCAAAUCUUGGAUGCGAACCUCCUUCCCUCAGCCAGGGCAUUGAAGAUGGGUCGUGGAUGGGUAUUCCAGCAUGACAAUGACCCAAAACACACGGCCAAGGCAACAAAGGAGUGGCUAAAGAAGAAGCACAUUAAGGUCCUGGAGUGGCCUAGCCAGUCUCCGGACCUUAAUCCCAUAGAAAAUCUGUGGAGGGAGCUGAAGGUUCGAGUUGCCAAACGUCAGCCUCGAAACCUUAAUGACUUGGAGAAGAUCUUCAAAGAGGAGUGGGACAAAAUCCCUCCUGAGAUGUGUGCAAACCUGGUGGCCAACUACAAGAAACGUCUGACCUCUGAUUGCCAACAAGGGUUUUGCCACCAAGUACUAAGUCAUGUUUUGCAGAGGGGUCAAAUACAUAUACAUACAUACAUACAUACAUACAUACAUACAUACAUACAUACAUACAUACAUACAUACAUACAUACAUACAUACAUACAUACACAUAUACAUACAUACACAUAUACAUACAUACACAUAUACACACAUACACAUAUACACACAUACACACACACAUACAUACACAAAUACAUACAUAUCCUAUAAAAAAAAUAUAUAUUCCCCUUUAUUACUUUCCAACCCCGCCACCCUUUCCCUACUUGGAGUAAACUAGUGAACAACAACGCUUAGGCCUCUACCUCCAGCUUAUACUUGCUACCUACAUUUUAUGGACACAGUUAAUUUUACAACAAUUAUAUUUUGUUAGUUUUUUCUCCUGAACUUCUUCUACUCUCAACCUCUCUGAUCAUUUUCAUGAUGUCCAUCCGGUUUGCUUCUAUAUGCCAUAUCUUUCUAACUGUGCUCUUUCACAAAAGCUCCCAACCUACAACCUACAUACUUAUUAUGGACACAGUAUGCUUACAUUAUUAGUUAUCUUGUUAUUAUUUGUUGUUAGUUGUUAUUAGUCCCAUCCUUCAAUUCCAUUCAACACCUCCCAUCUAUCUCUUAACACCAUCCAUAUAGGAUUUAUAUUUGCCAUAUAUAUAUUUCAACUGUACUGUGAUGUCUUACAAAAGUUCUGAACCUUUCUAUUCUCUCUACAGAUUGCGAAUUGAAAAUAAACAUUUUUGCUGAAAGUAUUAUUAUGUUAUUGAUCAAUUGACUAUGACUUUUCAGAUCACCCACUAAUGCUAUCUGCAAGGUUAGCUCUAGGUAAAUAUUGCAAUCCUUUAGCCAUUCCUGGACCUGUGUCCAAAAACAAGCUACAAAUGGACAGUACCAAAACAAAUGAUCUAAUGAUUCUGUCUCUUCGCAGCAAAAUCUGCAGAGCUGGGAAGAUUGUAUCCCCCAUAUAAAUAACAUUCUAUUGGUAGCAAGAAUUUUAUAUAAUAAUUUAAAUUGAAUUGAAGUUUUGAAUCCGGUGUCGUUUUGCGUAUCAGUUCAUAAACACUAUGCCAUGGAAUCGGUACGUCAAAAAUCUCUUCCCAACUACUUUUGUUUUUUUAGAUUCUUUGCAAAUGUAAAUAUAUAUAUAUAUAAAAGAUACCUUAUUUAUAUAAAUAUUCAGACCCUUUGCUAUGAGACUCAAAAUUGAGCUCAGGUGCAUCCUGUUUCCAUUGAUCAUACUUGAGAUUUUUCUACAACUUGAUUGGAGUUCAGCUAUGGUAAAUGAAAUGUAUUGGACAUUAUUUGGAAAGGCACACACCUGUCUAUAUAAGGUCCCACAGUUUACAGUGCAUGUCAGAGCAAAAACCAAGCCAUGAGGUCGAAGGAAUUGUCCGUAGAGCUCCGAGACAGGAUUGUGUCGAGGCACAGAUCUGGGGAAGGGUACCAAAACAUGUCUGCAGCAUUAAAGGUCCCCAAGAACACAGUGGCCUCCAUCAUUCUUAAAUGGAAGAAGUUUGGAUCCACCAAGACUCUUCCUAGAGCUGGCCGCCCGGCCAAACUGAGCAAUCGGGGGAGAAGGGCCUUGGUCAGGAACCCGAUGGUCACUCUGACAGAGCUCCAGAGUUCCUCUGUGUAGAUGGGAGAACCUUCCAGAAGGACAACCAUCUCUGCAGCACUCCACCAAUCAGGCCUUUAUGGUAGAGUAGCCAGAUGGAAGCCACUCCUCAGUAAAAGUCCCCUGACAGCCCGCUUGGAGUUUGCCAAAAAGAACCUAAAGAACUCUCAGACCAUGAGAAACAAGAUUCUCUGGUCUGAUGAAACCAAGAUUGAAUUCUUUGGCCUGAUUGCCAAUCGUCAUGUCUGGAGGAAACCUGGCACCAUCCCUAUGGUGAAUUAUGGUGGUGACAGCAUCAUGCUGUGGGGAUGUUUUUCAGCGGCAGGGACUCUGAGACUAGUCAAGAUCGAGGGAAAGAUGAACGGAGCAAAGUACAGAGAGAUCCUUGAUGAAAACCUGCUCCAGAGCGCUCAGGACCUCAGACUGGGGCGAUGGUUCAUCUUCCAACAGGACAACGACCUUAAGCACACAGCCAAGACAACGCCGGAGUGGCUUCGGGACUCUGAAUGUGGUCCAGCCAGAGCCGGACUUGAACCCGAUUGAACAUCUCUGGAGAGACCUGAAAAUAGCUGUGCAGCGACACUCCCCAUCCAACCUGACAGAGCUUGAGAGGAUCUGCAGAGAGAACUCGUCAUACCCAAGAAGACUCGAGGCUGUAAUCGCUGCCAAAGGUGCUUCAACAAAGUACUUAUGUAAAUGUAAGUCUAUCCAAACAUUGUUAGCACAUAAAAUGCAAGUUUCUUUAUUGUGCUGUAUUCCUCUUGCAUGCCACCCAAAACGCACAUAGUGCCUCGGCACACCUGAGCGCAUUGCUGAUUUGGCUCAGUGUUUGGAAUUCUAUCAGCUCAGUUUGAAUUGCGGCCUCAUCCAGCGAGGGUAUUGUUUUCUUAGCAAGGGAGGAGAAUUCUCCACCUAGGCGGACUGUAAGAGGAUCACGUACAAACACAAUGAUAUCCUUGGGCAUGCUGUAGUCUUCAAAUCUGGUGGAGAAAUUGUCCCUCAGCUGCUUGAUGAAAUCUUCCAUCACCUCUGUGACAAUGCUGCGGCCUGGUCCCUCUGCCUGUCGUUUCUUCAGUGUGCUGAAGUGCAGUAGCCUUCCAGAUGACAAGUCCAAAUCGAACAACUCAAGCUUCCUAGUAAAGGCCUCAAGUUUUUCCACCAUGUCCACAACUGUUUUCCCUCUUCCUUGUAACUGCAGAUUUAACCCAUUUAAGUGACAGAAUAUGUCAGCCAAAAAAGCAAUAUUGGAGAGGAAUUCCUCAAUUUCCAGAAUACGACGGUGGUCAGCUGCUGCCGUCAUUUAGCUUUUUCGGAGAAAAUCCACAACCUGGUCAUGCAGCUCACAGAACCGCUCCAGCGCUUUUCCUUUAUUCAUCCAGCGCACGUCGUUGUGAAGCAGGAGAUCAUCAUGGGUGGCCUCUGAUUCUGUCACAAGCUUGCAAAAACGACGGCUUGAUGUCCUCCUGACAAAGUUGAUUAUGCGCAUUAGUUUAUCCAGCACAUCUUUUAGCUCACCAUUUAGUCUGGCACACAGCACACUCUGAUGGAUGAGACAAUACAAGCCAUUCAUUUGGGGGGCGAAUUCCUUCGACCUGCUGACCAGGCUCCUGUGUCUGCCCACCAUAGCAGGAGCGCUGUCGGUAACCACAACGUUUACUUUUUCGAUUUGACAGGCCAUGCUACAUAAACAGUUCUUCCAGCUUUGUGAAUAUGAUGUCCCCGGUGGUGUGUCCUUCGAGGGGAAUCAGUGCCAGCAGCUCUUCUUUAAAUUAAUGUCCUUUCAAAAUAAUGGACAUAUCCACACAACUGUGCUACAUCGGUGCUCAGCCUGAUUGAGCCCCUCCAGAACAAUCCUAUGCACAUCAUCUGCCAGUGCAUGGACGUGGCAGCCGGCUGUUGACGCUGAAAGGGGCACCUGUUUGACAGACUCAAUUAUGCUAUCCAUAGACUUGUCGGUAGCCAAUUCCUCAAACUGUCACCAUGCACUUUUUAAAUACCCCCGUGUCUGUGAACGGCAUGUUGUGUUUGGUUAGAACCCAAGACGCUUUUAGGGAGGCACUUGUGACCUUCUGUUGUUGGGUCAGGCCACGAAGGAGGAUUCUGCUGCCGUGUGUGUAGCUAGUAGUUAACGCUUCAAUUUUUCUGCGUCGGGCCUAUGUCUGUCUGGGGUGGGAAGGCCAUUUUGAAUGUACCAUGCUUAGAUUCAUUUUAUUCAUUUAUUUUGUUUAUAUAACCUUUAUUUAACUAGGCAAGUCAGUUAAGAACAAAUUCUUAUUUAUAAUGACUGCCUACCCCAGCCAAACCCGGACGACGCUGGGCCAAUUGUGCGCCGCCCUAUGGGACUCCCAAUCACGGCCGGAUUGUGAUACAGCCUGGAAUCGAACCAGGGUCUGUAGUGACACCUCUAGCACUGAGAUCCAGUGCCUUAGACCGCUGCGCCACUUGGGAGCCCCUUUCAUAAUGACGUCUGAGUUUGAAUUCUUUGCAAACAGUAAAAUUUUUGUUGCAAAUAAUACACAAUGGCUUGGUAUUGGAUAAAGAUGGUAAGAUGAACGCAUAUCUCUGUCCAUCCCUGAAACUUAGAUUUUCUAUAUCCACCUUUCUUUUGAUACUUUUUGAGAGCGAUUUCCUCUCGGCCCCAUCAGAUUGAAAACAACCUACUUGUGGAGAGUAAUUUGUUUUGCACAUUGCUGUUGACAAAAUGACCUUGAAUACACAAUGCUCUACAUUGGGUUUAUAGUAGCCUCUGUCGACAGUCGCUAUAUGACUGCCAAAGUGAAUCUACGUACACUACCAGUCAAAAGUUUUAGAACACCUACUCAGUUCAAGGGUUUUUCUUUAUUUUUACUAUUUUCUAUAUUGUAGAAUAAUAGUGAAGACAUCAAAACUAUGAAAUAACACAUAUGGAAUCAUGUAGUAACCAAAAAAGUGUUAAACAAAUCAAAAUAUAUUUUAUAUUUGAGAUUCUUCAAAAAGCCACCCUUUGCCUUGCUGCAAAGAAACCACUACUAAAGGACACCAAUAAUAAGAAGAGACUUGCUUGGGCCAAGAAACACGAGCAAUGUACAUUAGACCGGUGGAAAUGUAUCCUUUGGUCUGGAGAACAAAUUGGAGAUUUUUGGUUCAAACCGCCGUGUCUUUGUGAGACGCGGUGUGGGUGAACGGAUGAUCUCCGCAUGUGUAUUUCCCAAGGUAAAGCAUGGAGGAGGUGUUAUGGUGUGGGGGUGCUUUGCUGGUGACACUGUCUGUGAUUUAUUUAGAAUUCAAGUUCAAAGUUUUAGAACACCUACUCAUUCAAGAAUUUCAUAGUUUUGAUGUCUUCACUAUUAUUCUACAAUGUAGAAAAUAGUAAAAAUAAAGAAACCCUUGAAUGAGUAGGUGUUCUAAAACUUUUGACCUGUAGUGUAGGUCUAUAGUGUAAACUAAUGUGAACUUUUGUGUGGGUUAUGUAUGUCUUUAGUCUAAAUAUCACGGGUCAAAAAACAUUGUCUGUCUCUCUGCACUCCACCAUUGUACUGAAUUCAAUGGCAUUGGCAACAGGAAAUACCACAGUAUCUGACCCACAUUCUAUUUAAGGUUUCAGCCUCAUUACCAGGUGGUACUAAGCUAAAGUUUUUCAUUUUGGGUACAAAAGAGAUAUUUCCAGACAAUCCUAAAGUAAUACCUCGACAGAACAUAUAAAAUAAUACAAAUAGUCUAUUCCUGUCUUUAAGUUAUUAUACAUUUUGGGUAUUAUCGAGCCUUUUCAGCUAAUCCUGAGUACUAUCCACAGAGGUUUGGGUAUAAAUAUCUUCCUAGGUUUAAGUUAUAAUUAAAUUUAACCCUUUACACUCGUACCCAUAUACAGGUUCAAAAUGGCAGAUUUGGGCACUGAUAAGCGCCUAAAUUGGAACGCCAUGGCUGUACAGUAACAUGCUUAUAAAUGACGUCAGAGCUCAGGCUUUGGGCUUCACAGCGUUCUAUGGGUUUUGACUGACCGCCAUUCUGAACUUGAGCACCGCUCACGACAGGAAGUUGCCCCCAUCCCUCCUGCAACUUUAGCAAUUUUUGUGAGUGAAAUGCUGUAAAUUAAUUUGAACCUGUCAGAAAUGUCCAGAUUAUCAACUACUAGCCCAUGUUAGCUAGAUAGGUAAGUUAGGCUAAUAUAAGACAUGUCAAAAUGUGUAGAAUUGCAGGAAAUUGGCUUUAAAAACGGCAAUACUUUUUCUCCGCCCCAUGACAAAAAUUUGUAGAAUUCCAGUAAAUGAUCUUUAAAACAGCAACAAACAAAAAAACUGCCAACAAGAGGGGUGUGAACAGUUUGAUCAGUUUGGGGUUGCGAUUUAAAUGACAAUAUCCAACUGGACCUUUGCCACCUAGGACAUUUGAGUGACCAGACCUUCUCAAAUAGUAGUUGAGUACCCCUGGUAUACACUGUGAAUGAUGCCAGUCUCAACUGCAACCCUCCCUCCAUGCAGACUGGUUGUCAUAGCAACACAUACCAAGCCAGGCAGGUACAGUACAGGGGUUAUAUAUCGGGGAUGAGAAAUACCUAAUGAUGUAUACAAACGUGAAAUAUCUGUGGAAAUACCCAUGCCAUGAAGAAUGGUAGUUCUGUAUAUGUCUGUUGCUGAGGAGACUAUGCUGGUUGGUGAUGGUGAAACACUACCUGACUAAUGACUAUUCUCUAUCCUCUACAUCAGCUUUAUCCCCCAUCCCCCCCUCCUCCUCCCCCUCCUCCUGAGGUCCUCAUGACAGAAACAGGAUGUUCUCUCCUCAGUGUCUCAAAUGAAUCGCUUCAUCUCAUAGUGGCGCUGUAGUACAGCAUGGAUGAACCUGUCCUGAACCAGAGGAUAUUUCCACAGCGAUCCUAUAAAUUAUGUGUUCUAUAUGUAAUUCUAUGGUAGUCUGGGUACCAGCUGUCAUUCCACUCCUUGCCACUCAUGUCACGCUAAACAUCUUUGGCCAAUGACAUGGAGUGGAAUGUUAGCUUAACAGACUUAGGCUAAUUCUAUGGUACUAUAAAAAAAAAAAAAUCAGCCCAAAUGUCUUGCUCAUGUCUUAACUUGUUACUGGCACCUCCUCUCAGCCUCUUCUUCCUCCUUCUCCUCCUCCUAAUGUCUGGUGCUGUCCAUAUGCUUGUGUGUUGAAGUAAUUUAUUAGGGUCUCCGUGAUUACAGUGGGCUGAGAGGGAUUCUACUAGCAGCGUUCUCCGUCUUUACAUGUUCUGUGGCCGGCUGCCGGUUGGCUGGUGACUGAACACACACACAAGCCCUCCCCUCCUACCCCACACCCACCCCACCCAUCCCAUAUAUCCAUACUGCCUCCAGAUGUGCCCCAGUCCUUCUGUCCAUAAACAGAAACCAUAGAGUUCAGACACGGGGCUGCUGCUGGUCUACUGAUGCCCAGGCCCCACGCGCGCUGUACCUUGCCCCAUGCUGAGACGGAAAACAAACGCUCCCACAAUGACCUGCCUGUUCUCUUGGUCUCUCUAGUCUGUCUGUGUGUUUGCCACAGGCCCACCACACCACAGAACACUAAGACCAGGGCUAAACCCGUCACUAUCCUGAAGCAUCAUUAUACGCAAAACAACACUAUAUGGGAGUACCUGAAGCAUAAUUCUGACACAGCUAAUGAUCAAAGUCUUGUCUUGAAGAAUUCAGGAGGCUUGUUGCCCGUAGGGUUGUGUAUGUUGUUGUUGUUGUUGUUGUAUGUUACAUUUAUUAUCAUACAAAGACAGUUCAUCAUAUCAAAGUUGGCUGUGUCACUGUUGAUAUUGCAUUGGUUUGAUUUGUUUUCAACAUGCUCAGGAUGAUCCUAGCUGGGCAGGUUGCUCUUUAGCUGCUGAAAUUAGUGGCACGUUUAUGUGUGUGAGUUAAUUCGGACUAAUGAUUUAUUAUUGUGGAUUGUUAAAUGGAUUAGGUCUAUGUACAGGCAUUAGGCAACACGUUCUGAGUGAGGGUCAUUGACUGGAUCAGUAGACUACACUAGCCAGGUGUGCCACAGUGCCUGUGUCGCCUUUUGGCUGUUGUGCUUUGACAAGCUAAUUGGAUAGAGCCCUGAACUAAACCUGUGCAGCUGUGGCAUCGUCCUUCCCUCUUUUCCUCUCUUCCUUCAUCCCUCCUUUCCCUGCUCCCAUCACCAGCCAGAGGAGGGAAGUAGGAGCAGUUCAAUGGCACUCUCCUCCUCUCCCUCUUUGUCUUCCUCUCUCUUUCAGUCUUUCUCUCCUUACCCCCUCCAUCUCCCUCUCUCAUAAUGGAUGAGCCCAGCGUUGUCUUGUCGACUCCCCACCUUUCAGAUGCCUCUAUUUAUAGCCCCUGGUGUGGCAGGCUGAGCAGGUAAGCUGAGGGACAAAGCACAGGGGGGAAGUGCGUGUCCGACUCUGAAGGUGCAGCAGGGUGGUGUGAGUGUGAUGGAGAGAGUGUGUUUGUGUGUCUUCGGGCUCCAUCACGCUACAUCCAUCUCUCUGCCACAAGGCCUGAAACUGCAGAAUUAACAGAGACAUCCGGACCAUGACAGACAGACAGACACUGCAGUAGAGACACACACACACACACACACACACAAACAGACGGGCACUGCGGUAGAGACAGACUGAUGGACGGGCAGACAGACAGCCAGCCAGAAAGAUAGGCACACAUCCAGACAGGCAAACCGAUAUCCAGGCAGACAGACAGACAGACAAACAGACUGCAGGGAUUUACAUACUGUUUUACCCACCUCCAUUAUAUAUAUAUAUAUAUAUAUAUAUAUAUAUAUAUAUAUACAAAAAAAUAAAGGGAACACUAAAAUAACACAUCCUAGAUCUGAAUGAAUGAAAUAAUCUUAUUAAAUACUUUUUUCUUUACAUAGUUGAAUGUGCUGACAACAAAAUCACACAAAGAUUAUCAAUGGAAAUCAAAUUUAUCAACCCAUGGAGGUCUGGAUUUGGAGUCACCCUCAAAAUUAAAGUGGAAAACCACACUACAGGCUGAUCCAACUUUGAUGUAAUGUCCUUAAAACAAGUCAAAAUGAGGCUCAGUAGUGUGUGUGGCCUCCACGUGCCUGUAUGACCUCCCUACAACGCCUGGGCAUGCUCCUGAUGAGGUGGCGGAUGGUCUCCUGAGGGAUCUCCUCCCAGACCUGGACUAAAGCAUCCGCCAACUCCUGGACAGUCUGUGGUGCAACGUGGCGUUGGUGGAUGGAGCGAGACAUGAUGUCCCAGAUGUGCUCAAUUGGAUUCAGUUCUGGGGAACGGGCGGGCCAGUCCAUAGCAUCAAUGCCUUCCUCUUGUAGGAACUGCUGACACUCCAGCCACAUGAGGUCUAGCAUUGUCUUGCAUUAGGAGGAACCCAGGGCCAACCGCACCAGCAUAUGGUCUCACAAGGGGUCUGAGGAUCUCAUCUCGGUACCUAAUGGCAGUCAGGCUACCUCUGGCGAGCACAUGGAGGGCUGUGCGGCCCCCCAAAGAAAUGCCACCCCACACCAUGACUGACCCACCGCCAAACCGGUCAUGCUGGAGGAUGUUGCAGGCAGCAGAACGUUCUCCACGGCGUCUCCAGACUCUGUCACGUCUGUCACGUGCUCAGUGUGAACCUGCUUUCAUCUGUGAAGAGCACAGGGCGCCAGUGGCGAAUUUGCCAAUCUUGGUGUUCUCUGGCAAAUGCCAAACGUUCUGCACGGUGUUGGGCUGUAAGCACAACCCCCACCUGUGGACGUCGGGCCCUCAUACCACCCUCAUGGAGUCUGUUUCUGACCGUUUGAGCAGACACAUGCACAUUUGUGGCCUGCUGGAGGUCAUUUUGCAGGGCUCUGGCAGUGCUCCUCCUGCUCCUCCUUGCACAAAGGCGGAAGUAGCAGUCCUGCUGCUGGGUUGUUGCCCUCCUACGGCCUCCUCCACGUCUCCUGAUGUAUUGGCCUGUCUCCUGGUAGUGCCUCCAUGCUCUGGACACUACGCUGACAGACACAGCAAACCUUCUUGCCACAGCUCGCAUUGAUGUGCCAUCCUGGAUGAGCUGCACUACCUGAGCCACUUGUGUUGGUUGUAGACUCCGUCUCAUGCUACCACUAGAGUGAAAGCACCGCCAGCAUUAAAAAGUGACCAAAACAUCAGCCAGGAAGCAUAGGAACUGAGAAGUGGUCUGUGGUCACCACCUGCAAAACCAGUCCUUUAUUGGGGGUGUCUUGCUAAUUGCCUAUAAUUUCCACCUGUUGUCUAUUCCAUUUGCACAACAGCAUGUGAAAUGUAUUGUCAAUCAGUGUUGCUUCCUAAGUGGACAGUUUGAUUUCACAGAAGUGUGAUUGACUUGGAGUUACAUUGUGUUGUUUAAGUGUUCCCUUUGUUUUUUUGAGCAGUGUAUAUAACACACAGUACCAGUCAAAAGUUUGGACACACCUAUUAAUUCAAGGGUUUUUCUACUAUUUUCUACUCUGAAGGAGCAGCAGGGUGGUGUGAGUGUGAUGGAGAGAGUGCGUUUGUGUGUCUUCGGGCUCCAUCACGCCACAUCCAUCUCUCUGCCACAAGGCCUGAGACUGCAGAAUUUACAGAGACAUCCGGACCAUGACAGACAGACACUGCAGUAGAGACACACACACACAGACAAACAAAGACAGACGGGCAUAAAAGCCUAAUCUUUGGUCAUACUAAAGGUGCAUGACUGAAACGUUGCCUGGUAGGGGAGAAAAUGUAACUCUAAAGACAAUGCAGUCAGUCAUUGUGGGACAGAGCAGAAUAGGCAACGUUUCAGUCAUGCUCCUUCAGUAUGACCAAAGAUGAGGCUUUUAUCCUUAUUCAUAGAUUUCACGUGAGGGUUGAAGUCUUUGGCCAGACAGUGGAAGCAGGGAGCAUAACAGAGUGUGCUGAGCGUCUUCAGUUCAGACACACUGUGGUCCUCAGAGAAGAAGCUAAAUGAAGGAACAGCAUCUGGUGAUCUGGCAGCCUAAUGAGGAGCAGGUGCAUAAGAGACGACACGCACGCAAGCUGCACAGACACACACAUACACACACUACAAUGAAGGGCCUUGAGGAGGAGCGAGAAAAUGUAAACACACUCAUCUUGCACAGUGAGUCCCCUGAGGGACAUUUAGCUGUAUUUUAUACAAAUUACAUAAGCCAUUCUUAAUCAUGUAACUGUGGAAGUAUGGUCUUAACUGUCAAUGUGGUAUUGUUUUAUUCACAUUCAUGCUGCAUGUUAGAGGGAGGUACUAAUUCAGGCUGACCCCCUGCUAGCGUUGGCUAGCUCCCAUAGCCUCUCAGGAUUUUACCGGGAAGACAUUCAAUGACUGCAAAAAUGUGUUGUUUGAGUGUUUCUGGGGUUUAAGUUUAGAGAAGAAGACACAUUUCCUUUACAAGAUGGACAAAAAUACAACGUCCUCCCAAUACCCUGUUCUUGUCUUGGCUCGUUAUGGUCUCUAAUCAGAAGUCAGAAUCUCCCACAGUUUAUGUGAUGGGAAUGCCCUGUCCUGGCUGCUGAGACGGGAAUUAAUAGAACAAUACAUAUGGCCAGGCUCCAAAAACCACAUGAGUAUUUAUUUGAUACAGCAACAACUCAGUGGGACCAAAGGACGCAAGGCACAGAUAACAUCCACUGAUGUCAGUUCAACUCUGUGCUAAUGUGUGAAUAUGUGAAUCUAAGAAUUAGGCUAGUGCUAAUGAGGAACAAUUGGAAUCAGAAUUUCCGUUAACUUAAUUUAUUGAAUAAAAAUGGAACUGAAACUCUUAACAUGGUAUUUAAGAGAGGAAGAUUGAGGGCAUUGUAUGUAUAUGCGGUGGUAAGAAUGUUUUUUGUUUACACUACUAGCAUUAUAGGAGUGCACAAAUGACCCAAUAUUAACACCUCUAGGGCUAAAGACAGGAACAUAUCUUAUCAAAACCAUUAGAAGUCAAAUUUGGGUAUAUACACUAUAUAUGCAAAAGUAUGUGGACACCCCUUCAAAUUAGUGGAUUUGGCUAUUUCAGCCACACCCGUUGCUGACAGGUGUAUAAAAUCGAGCACACAGCCAUGUGACAAACAUUGGCAGUAGAAUGGCCUUACUGAAGAGCUCAGUGACUUUCAACGUGGCACCGUCAUAGGAUGCCACCUUUCCAACAAGUCAGUUCAGCAAAUUUCAGCCCUGCUAGUGCUGCCCCGGUCAACUGUAAGUGCUGUUAUUGUGAAGUGGAAAAGUCUAGGAGCAACAACGGCUCAGCCGCGAAGUGGUAGGCCACAAAAGCUCACAUAAUGGGACCGCUGAAGCGCGUAGCGUGUGUCACUACCGAGUUCCAAACUGCCUCUGGAAGCAACGUCAGCACAAUAACUGUUUGUCCGGAGCUUCAUGAAAUGGGUUUCCAUGGCCGAGAAGCCGCACUCAAGCCUAGUGGUGUAAAGCUCGCCGCCAUUGGACUCUGGAGCAGUGGAAACGCGUUCUCUGGAGUGAUGAAUCACGCUUCACCAUCUGGCAGUCCGAAGGACAAAUCUGGGUUUGCGGAUGCUUUAAGAAUGCUACCUGGCCCAAUGUAUAGUGCCAACUGUAAAGUUUGGUGUAGGAGGAAUAAUGGUCUGGGGCUGUUUUUCAUGGUUCAGGCUAGGCCCCUUAGUUCCUGUGAAGGGAAAUCUUAACGCUACAGCAUACAAUGUCAUUCUAGACAAUUCUUUGCUUCCAACUUUGUGGCAAGCGUUUGGGGAAGGCCCUUUCCUGUUUCAUCAUGGCAAUGCCCCCGUGCACAAAGCGAGGUCCAUACAGAAAUGGUUUGUUGAGAUCGGUGUGGAAGAACUUGACUGGCCUGCACAGAGCCUUGACUUCAACCCCAUUGAACACCUUUGGGAUGCAUUGGAAUGCCGACUGCGAGCCAGGCCUAAUCGCCCAACAUCAGUGCCCGACCUCACUAAUGCUCUUGUGGCUGAAUGGAAGCAUCUAGUGGAAAGCCUUCCCAGAAGAGUGGAGGCUGUUAUAGCAGCGAAGGGGGGACUAAUUCCAUAUUAAUGCCCAUGAUUUUGGAUUGAGAUGUUUGACGAGCAGGUGUCCACACACAUUUGGUAUGCAGCCUGAAUGUGUGUCUGGAAAAAAUUGAUAUAGAUAGAAAUGGGCAUUUUGGGCAUUUUUAACACAGACUGGUAUGACCAUAAUGCACUAACUACGUGUGUAUGGAUAAGACAGUGAGUGUUAAAUAAUGAUGUGUGUAUAUGAGAGAGAGGUGGUGUGUGUGAGUUCAAGGAGAGAGAGAGUGUGUGUGUUGGAGUGAGAUAGUGGAGUGGCGGUAGGGGUAUGCUGUGUGCAGCCAGCCAGCCAGCCAGUCAUGGGAGGGACAAGGGAGACUCGCGCUCCUGGAGCUGCUUACUGGCUGGAGUUAGAACAGGGGGAGGACUGUCUCAGCCCUGCCUGCUGCAGAGAGACAGAGAGAGACAGAAACCGAGUGAGAGAGGGAGGGAGGGAGGGAGAGAAAGAGACAGAAACCGAGAGAGAGACGGAGACCGAGUGAGAGAGAGACGGAGACCGAGUGAGAGAGAGACGGAGACCGAGUGAGAGAGAGACGGAGACCGAGUGAGAGAGAGACGGAGACCGAGUGAGAGAGAGACGGAGACCGAGUGAGUGAGAGAGAGACGGAGACCGAGUGAGAGAGAGACGGAGACCGAGUGAGAGAGAGACGGAGACCGCGUGAGAGAGACGGAGACCGCGUGAGAGAGACGGAGACCGCGUGAGAGAGACGGAGACCGCGUGAGAGAGACGGAGACCGCGUGAGAGAGACGGAGACCGCGUGAGAGAGACGGAGACCGCGUGAGAGAGACGGAGACCGCGUGAGAGAGACGGAGACCGCGUGAGAGGGACGGAGACCGCGUGAGAGGGACGGAGACCGCGUGAGAGGGACGGAGACCGCGUGAUAGGGACGGAGACCGAGAGAUAGGGACGGCGAGAGAGAGAGAGGGACGGCGAGAGAGAGAGAGGGACGGCGAGAGAGAGAGAGGGACGGCGAGAGAGAGAGAGACAGAGACCGAGAGACGGAGACCGCGUGAGAGACCGACGGAGACCGCGUGAGAGACCGACGGAGACCACGUGAGAGACCGACGGAGACCACGUGAGAGACCGACUGAGACCACGUGAGAGACCGACUGAGACCACGUGAGAGACAGACAGAGACCGAGAGACAGAACGCAAGAGAGAGAGAGAGAGAGAGACAGAGCGCGUGAGAAAAAGACAGAGCGCGAGAGAGAGAGACAGAGCGCACGAGAGAGAGACAGAGCGAAAGAAACAAGGCUGAAUCAACUCCACAGAAGAGAGAGAGAGAGACUGGGUUUCUGCAUCGGUAUGCCUGCUCCUGCUCUCUCAUUUCCACUCCAUACGCCGCUGCUGCCUCUGAGGAGAACUGGACUCUGUUUGAAAUGCCAAUCACCUGCUUGAGGCUACUCCUUCAUCUGCAAUCAUUUACAUUUAACAUUUAUACUCUCUGUUCCCAGAGUGAGAGAGACCGAGUGAGAAGAGUGGAUGAGAAUUUCCUUGCUUUUCUCCUUUCUGCUGAAGUUCCUGUGAAGAUUAGCAGAGUGGGUGGUUUCGACUCUUUGACGCUAUCCGUCUGAUCUGUCCGUGUUUGGAGGAAAAGACUGAAGGAGAGGACACAACAGUCUCUUGAAACAUCGGACUCUAUAUCACCUGAGAUAUUGGGGAACUUGUGCCUGCAUUUGAAUGAAACAAACAGGUAUUAUAAUUUAGUAAGCCGAGAUGAUGAAACUUGUUUGACCGUUCUGAUAGCAACAGGCACAGCGCUGGGUCUUUUCAGAGGAGAGAACAAGGGGUAGGAUGAGAGCCUGCCAGAGUAUUUGUCCUCUAUCUGUGUUCUUCUUUGUGUGUGACUCCUCUGUGUCUGUGCAGUGAGGGGUGCCCUGGGGGACACCCUAGUCCCUGAUCGUGGGUGAGGGCCUCACAUUGCUGCUGACAUGGCAGAGGGUACACAGCUCCUCUCUUUGGGGCACCAGCCUGGUCUGCUACUGAGCUAGGACUUGGACCAGCCAUUGACCAUCCCCAGCCAAGUUCCAGUCCUCUGUCUCUGGAUCUGGUUUCAGACCAGGGGCUUUCAGAAGGCUCCCUGGCUGCAAGAUGAUGAACUCUUCCUUGGACCUGCCGGACCUUGAGCUCCUGAACCAGAGCAGCCCUCCGUUCUGCCUCCUAGACAUGGGCUACUCCCAGAUCUUCAACACCUGUCUUUUAGAGGUGGCCAUCAUCUUGCUCCUCACCGUUCUCAUCAUCUCUGGCAACCUGGUGGUGAUCUUUGUCUUCCACUGUGCUCCACUGCUCCACCACCACACCACCAGCGCCUUCAUCCAGACCAUGGCCUACGCAGACUUGUUAGUCGGGGUCAGCUGCCUCAUCCCCUCCCUGUCCCUCCUGCACCACCUGAAAGGCCUGGACGAAGAGCUCACCUGUAAGGUGUUUGGUUACAUGGUUUCUGUGUUGAAGAGCGUUUCGAUGGCGUCACUGGCGUGCGUUAGCGUGGACCGCUACAUGGCAAUAACACGGCCGCUGUCGUACCCGACACUGGUGACACCGUGCCGGAUCCGCGUGUGCAUCCUCCUCAUCUGGCUCUACUCCGCCCUCGUCUUCCUGCCCUCCUUCUUCGGCUGGGGGAAGCCUGGCUACCACGGCGACGUGGUGAAGUGGUGUGCUGUGGAGUGGGGGACAAAGCCGCUCUUCACGUGGUUCAUCGUGGCGCUGCUCUACGUGCCGGCCGCCAUGACGGUCUGCUUCACCUACGCCAACAUCUUCCGUAUCUGCCGGCAGCACACGAGGGAGAUCAGCGAGCGCCGCGCCCGCUUCGGACCACAGGAGGGCUCUCUGGGACAGGACGGCCAGCCGCAGCAUGCGCCGGCGUGCACGGACAAACGCUACGCCAUGGUGCUGUUUCGCAUCACCAGCGUCUUCUACCUCCUCUGGCUUCCCUACAUCCUGUACUUCUUGCUGGAGAGCGCUGGAAUCUACCGUCACCCCGCCGCCUCGUUCCUCACCACCUGGCUGGCUAUCAGCAACAGCUUCUGUAACUGUCUGAUCUAUAGUCUAACCAACAGCGCCUUCCGGAAAGGUUUAAAACGUCUCUGUUCGUUCUGCGUGCAGAGGGUGGACAGUAAGAAUCCUUUUGGCCCUGGGCCGGGGCACGGACAGGGGCCGGUCUGCACACGCUCCACAUGCCAUGUGUAG